UUCGGCAAUUCUGAUCCCUUAAGCCCUAAACCUGAAAUAAACCUCUCCUGAAAACGCAGUAAACUCUUCUUCUCCUGCUCCUACGCCGAAAGAGAAUGGGAAGGUCGCGAAGAAAAUACAAGCAAUCGAGAACGAAGGUUCGAGUAGGAUUGCCGAAGAAGAACCCUAGGAUUUUCAAGCCUGCGUUUUCUGUUCCUCCUAAGCUAUUACAGUCUGUGGUUGACAGUGACCUAAACCCCGAGUGGGACGACAAAGGCAGCGUUAAUCACAAUUAUAAUUCCUUCGGCGUCGUUUCCAACCCGAACUCGCUCACCAUCAGAAACACUCCACAAAGCGAUUCCCACUCAGAUUCUGGCAGCGAUCUCGAAGAAGACGACUUGAAAUCAGCCUUGGGAAAGAAGCGGAGAGAUGGAAAAACUGCACCUCCUAAACCGUUGACUGCAAUGCAGCGUGUUCAUAUCAGUCGCCUAGUAGAUAAAUAUGGAGAUGAUUAUCAGAGUAUGUUCAUGGAUAUAAAGCUAAACCCCAUGCAGCAUUCACUUGCGACUUUAGAGAAACUAUGCAAGAGGUAUCAUAUGCAUAGUAAUAAGAAUCCUCUGAUUCUGACCAAAUGAAAUAUUUCCCCUCUAGACUAGUAUGACGAUUGCAUACUAAAGGGUGUAAGUUGUAAUUUUGAUCCAUGGACGUGGAAAUGAUUGGAUUAUUAUGUCUCGAAAUCGGCUGAAAUUUUGCUGAUACUGUGGAUGUAUUUUUCAUCUUUUGCAUUUAUUCUUUAACACUUCGAGACUUAAACGAGUAAGAUCAUUAGGAAAUGUUGUUAAUGCUUUGAAAUUUACAC